UGGUGAUUUACUACUUCCUACCACAUCCAGAAGGCAGCCAAGCUUUGUGUAGUUGCCUGUUUUUGAGUACUGGAAGACCUUGGAGUCAAUCAGGUCCAGAAAUGUCAUUGGUGUGUUUGACAGACUUUCAGAUACUUGCUCAACAGAAGUUAGCUAAGACAACUUGGGAUUUUAUUGAAGGUGGUGCUGAUGAAGAAAUCACACGGGAUGACAACAUCACAGCAUUCAAAAGAAUCUGCCUCCGCCCACGGUACCUGAGAGGUGUGUCAGAGGUGGACACCAGGACCACAGUCCAAGGGGAAGAGAUCAGUGCCCCAAUUGGCAUCGCACCUACAUGUUUCCACUGCAUGACCUGGCCUGAUGGGGAAAUGAGCACAGCCAGAGCUGCUCAAGCAGCUAACAUCUGCUACAUCACCAGCACAUAUGCCAGCUGUACCCUUGAAGACAUCGUUGCUUCUGCCCCAAGAGGCCUCCGAUGGUUCCAGCUCUAUGUACAGUCAGACUGGGAGCUAAACAAACAGAUAGUCCAGAGGGCAGAAUCUCUGGGUUUCAAAGCUUUGGUAAUCACUGUGGAUGUACCUAUAGUUGGCAAAAGGCGAAAUGACAUUAGAAACGAAUUGGAUUUGAAGAGGAACUUAAUGCUAAAGAGUUUGCAAUCAUCAGAAGAGAAAAAUUUCAAACCUGACAAACAGCCUUCUUUUAUAAACGCAUCUUUCUGCUGGAAUCAUCUCUCCUGGUUUCAGAGCAUAACUCAAUUGCCUAUCAUCCUUAAAGGGAUUCUGACAAAAGAGGAUGCAGAAUUAGCAGUGAAACACAAGGUCCAAGGCAUAAUUGUAUCCAACCAUGGUGGGAGACAGCUUGACGAGGUUCCUGCUUCGAUCAAUGCUUUGAUGGAGGUGGUGACUGCAGUAAAAGGGAAAAUUGAAGUGUACAUGGAUGGUGGGGUUCGAACUGGCAAUGAUGUGUUGAAAGCUCUGGCCCUUGGGGCUAAGUGCAUUUUUCUUGGGAGACCAAUCCUAUGGGGUCUUGCUUGCAAGGGUGAACAUGGUGUUGAAGAAGUUUUGGACAUUUUAAAAACUGAGUUACACACUUCUAUGACCCUUGUAGGCUGCAGGUCGGUUGGUGAGAUCAAUUGGGACCUGAUCCAGCUCUCCAGAUUGUAAGGAACUAUGACUGUCCACUGGAUAAGACAAAUUCAGUACAUAGUGUGUAGUGCUGCCCUGCCUGGGACCCAUCCUACUCAGUAGCUCAUACCUUGCACCUUCAAGCACUCUUGUACGUGCAGCCCUGUAAACUCUUCAUUUUUCUCAGAUGCACCAUGCUCUUAUUCACCUACCACCUUGCAUGUGUUGUUCUCUUCUGUAAAAUUCUCUUCUGAACUAUAGAAAUAUUAAAAUAGUAGGUAAGCUGAGAUUGCAAAAGCUAGUAGGUUAUAUUUUUUGUGUAUCCUAAAUAAUUCUGUGAAAUAACUAUGGGCUUUGGAUUCUGGACAGGAAAGCUGUACAUUUAAAACAUUAAACAAAAAAUCUUACUCCUA